AUGAUAAUGGCAACUUAAAAGAUGAUGGCACACCUUACGACAUACUGUAUAUGUUCGAUAAAGUUAAUGCGAUUUGUUCACAAAUCAUUAAUAAAGAGGAAUGGAAACCAAUCUAUCGUGUCGUUUGUGAACAUCGAGAAAAAUUAAUACAACACAAGGAAUGCUUUACUAAUGCUUCAUCAAGUUUAGCUCAGUGUAAUGAAAAGCCAAAAAACGAGACAAUCUGCAAUGCACUAGAACAAUUUAGCAAUAAUAUCGACUGUGCACUGCGUGUAAUGCUCGAUGCAUGCACAGUUGAAGCGCAGAACGCUGCUGUAGCGGUGCAAGAUGCAUUAAAUGAUGAUUUAAUUAUGCAUCAUUGUUAUGCGGAAGCAAUUGCCGACACAAAAUCAAAUGAUGAUGAUGAAUUCAAAUUAAAUCCAAGGAAUGAAAGGUGUAGCUCAGAACAGGAGAAUUUGGCGUUAGCAUGUUUGGUGGAACUUGUUGAAGUUAAUCGAAAAGUGGUCGAAUUAAAUAGUCUCAAUUUUUUGCAUGAAAUAAGCCAACAAAAUUCAACUGUCAUUUCUGGAAUUUGCAAUUUGUAUAAUAAAUAUGACAAUUGUAUCAGAAAUACAGUAUUUGUUCAUUCCAAUGGAAAACGAUGUGCUUUCAAUUCACCAUUAAAUACUCUUGCAAGAACAAUAGUGAAUGUAUUGAGAAGAUUCAACAUCGUACCGGAAUGUGUCAAUCCGGACUAA